CCAUUAAGUGUGUGUGUGGCCCUCAGUCCUCCAUUAUAAAACCACCCUUUCUUCUUUCCAUUCCCACUCACUCACCACAAAAUUAAUCAAGAGAUGGCUCUGGGAAGAGGCAGUGCAGUGGUUCUCCUACUCUCUCUCUGUUUCUUGCUGCUUCACUCUCACAUGGCUCAUGCUGCCACCUACAGAGUCGGAGGUACCGGUGGUUGGACCUUCAACACUGUUGCCUGGCCCAAAGGCAAACGCUUUAAGGCCGGUGACACACUUGUGUUCAGAUAUAGCCCUACGCUUCAUAAUGUGGUGGCAGUAAACAGGGGUGGGUAUGAUGGUUGCACAACUCCAAGAGGGUCGAAAGUGUAUACUUCGGGGAACGAUCAGAUCAGACUCGCUAAGGGACAGAACUACUUCAUCUGCAACUUUGUGGGUCACUGUCAAGCUGGGAUGAAAAUUGCCGUCACUGCUGCUUGAGUUUGUGUUAACUUUUCGAUAACUAUAUAUCUCAGUGCUUUCCUACUCCUACAAUUUGUAAUGUAAUGCAAAUUGGAACUUAUCUCAUAACAUAGGUAUGUGUUCGAAGAAAAAGGGUAGCUAUCUGUGCUCUCUUUUGUGUAUCUUUUACUUAUUAUCUGUUUCAGAAUAAUGAAUCAUGUCGCCAAUAUCAUAUAUAUCUCAAAACACCUUUUAAAUAGA